AACCAGCCUAAUGCUGUUUUCCUUUCAUUCGAGUUUUGACGAAAAAAAAAAAAAAGGUUUUGUCCUCUGUUAUUUUCUCUGUUGCGAUUGAAUUUAAGGGAAGCAUCGAAUUUUUCUUUUUGGGUAUAUCUAUAUCGUCCUGAAAGUGGUUCAGUUGGAACACCGAAAACGAUGUCGGCUCGAUUGAUGAAGAAGGUUCUGAACGAGCAACAGCACCUUCCACAACACGUGAGCGAAGAAGAAGAAGAGCACGACGAUCAGCUCAACCCAGAAGAUGAAGACUCCAUCACUCGUUCUUCCAUCAACCCCUUCGACCUUCUCAACGAUCAUGAUUCUGAGCCCGAACACCAGGGAGAUGAGUUGACGUACGCUGAUGAAGCAUUGGUCAGAUAUGAUGAUAAAGAGGUGUCAUCUUCAUUGAAACAUACAGCUGAGGUUUCAACAUCCAAUUCAAAAUCGAAGAAAAAGAAAAAGAAGAAAAACAAGGAUAGUGCUGUUGCCAAUAAAACCAGGGGUGAAGAAGAAUUGGACUCAAUUCUAGAAGAUUUGUCUCUGAAUGUCAACUCUUCGAGUGAACAACCUGUCUCUUCAAAAGCCAAUGUAGCGGAUGCCAAAGACAAUAGUAAAUCUUUUAAACAGCAUGCAGCCAGCGUAUUACAAGUGGAUCCUAAAUAUUUGAAUGCUGAAAAUGAGCUGAGAAGAAUAUUUGGAUCUAAGGUUGUGAAAUCUUUUGAGAAUAGCAAUCAAGCGAGUAGUUCUAGGCAGAUGCGAGGGGUGAGGCGUGGGCAUUAUAAUCUUAAAAAGACUGUUCUUGUCACUCCCUCAGACAAUUGGCUCCGCUUUGAUGGCUCUUUAUCCAUGGAAUUUCUGGAAUCAAAGAAUGGAUAUAACUAUUUCAGAUAUAUACAUUCACCAUCAUACACCCAACAUCAAAAGGCGUUUGAAGCUGCCAAAGCAAUUAAUAACAUAAAUGGCAUAGCAGUUGUAUUACAGCAUUGUCCUUAUCAUCUAGAUUCCCUUCUAACAAUGGCAGAAUAUUUUGCGGUAUUGGGUGAACAACAGAUGUCUGCAGAUGCUAUUGGCAGGUGUCUUUAUGCCCUUGAAUGUGCAUGGCAUCCCAUGUUCACUCCACUGCAGGGCAAUUGCCAGUUGAAGUUCCGACAUGAUUCAAACAAACCUAUAUUCACUGCUCUUUUCACUCACAUGAAAAAUUUGGACAGGCGUGGCUGUCAUAGAUCUGCCUUAGAGGUCUGCAAAUUGUUGCUUUCACUAGAUUCUGAUGAUCCCAUGGGGGCUAUUUUCUGCAUUGACUACUUUGCUUUGAGGGCUGAGGAGUAUGCAUGGCUAGAAAAGUUUUCUGAAGAUUAUAAAAGUGAUAACUCCAUUUGGUUAUUUCCAAACUUCUCUUAUUCCCUUGCCAUUUGUCGGUUUUACCUUGAGUGUGAUGCCUCCAAAGAUGCUUGUAUAGAUGCUAAAAAGGCUUCUUCGUCUGAACUGAUGAAACAAGCACUAAUGCUUCAUCCUUCAGUCAUAAAGAGGCUUGUGGCAAAAGUACCAUUGAAAGAUCGCACAUGGACAGAUAUUCUCAAGCAUGCCUUUUUCCGCUCAGAUCAAACAGGAAUUCCAUCUCAAGAUCACUUGAUUAAUAUAUAUGUUGAGAGAAAUUAUCUUUUAUGGAGGCUUCCUGAUCUGCAAAAACUGCUAAGUGGUGCUGCAAAACUAGUGAUUGAAACCUUAGAGAGUAAUCAAAGUGAACUUAAGGAUUGGGCUUGUGUCAGAAAAGAAGCAUUUUCCUCUGAGAAAAAUGAGUAUGGACAUUUGUUAGUAUCUGAUUUCUCUGAUUCAGUUUCAUCAAUUCCACGAGAAAAUCUGCAACAAUUUAUGGGCGUUCCAGGGAUCAGGGAAGGUAUGCAGGACGAGAACCAAUUUGCUAAUCAGCAGGGCAACGGCCACGCUCCUCGUGGUGUUGCAAAUAGGAAUGCAUUAGCUGUCUUGUUUGAGUCAAUGCUACCGUGGGUUACUUAUGAGGAUAGGGAGGAUGGUGAACCUGAUGAUAACCAACUCGAUGAUCACAGACAAGACAAUCAAUAAUUCUGGAUGCAUUCGGCCUUCUUGCUCUAAAGGCCUUAUUUGGGUGGAGUGUUGAACUCCUCGAUGAGACGUCUUUCUUGUACAGAGCGAUGCCUAGGGAGCUUGAUGUUUUUUGCUUUUACGUUGAUCACAGUGGUUAUUCUAGGAACUCUAGAUCCAUAUAAAUGCCAUAUAUUUUGUGGUGUCUAAUUUUAGGAGCAUUGAUGUCAAAUGUUAUACCUUUUCCAUCAUGAAUUUUUAUUUUGAUAUACUUUUGUUAACUCGGUUGUUUAAUAAUGUAUUAUCACACAAGAGUUUAGUCA